CCUCCCCACACUUGUUCUCUCUCUAGGACCCUGUAGCACCUGCUGAUCCCUUGGAGCCUUGACGUCAGCGCUGUAAAAGAUCUCCGGUGCGCGGAGGCAACGGUGCCAUAGGCACAGCGUCCGUCCAGCGCGCAACGCAGGUGGCUGCGGCGGCACCAGCACCACCACCACCAGCACCACCAGCACCAGCAACAACAACACUAGACUUCCCCGCCCGACUGUCACCACACACACACACACACACACACACACACACACACACACACACACACACACACACACACACACACAGAUCGGCAUCCUCCCCGGGUUUUUAACCGGUCCCCCUCUUCAACUCUCCAGCCGCGCCAUGUCGUCUGCUGUCACCGAGACGGAGGACUCGGCGCGCAGCUCCCCGCUGACGCCGCUGAAGCUGGUCGGACUGGUGUGCGUCUUCUUGGCGCUCUGCCUGGAUGUGGGAGCCGUGAUGAGCCCGGCGUGGGUGACUGCCGACGACCAGUACUACCUGUCCCUGUGGCAGUCAUGCUGGAAGCCGGCGAGCACCGAGAACUGGCAGUGCAGCAGCACGCUGGGUUCAGACUGGCAGGUGGCUACGCUGGCCCUAUUGCUAGGAGGUGGAGCCCUGGUGCUGAUGUCAUUUCUGGUCGCUCUAGUUGCCGUGUGCAUCGGCACGAGACGGCGAUUCUACGCACCCGUCGCCUUUAUGCUCUUUGCUGCAGUUGUCCUCCAGGCCUGCAGCUUGGUCCUCUACCCCAUCAAGUUCAUCGAGAGCAUCAACCUGAGAAUCUACCACGAGUUCAACUGGGGCUACGGCCUGGCCUGGGGAGGGACCAUCUUCUCCUUCGGUGGGGGAAUCCUCUACUGCCUCAACCCCAAAAACUACGAGGAGUAUUACUAGCUCUAAUGCAAGCCGAGAACCCUACAUGUUGGUAGAGGUAGUCAGGAGACAAGCAAGGUUUUUUUAUUUUUUAUUUUAGAAUUUUUUUUUUUUUAUAACCGCUCAAUUUCCAAGAACUGUAAGUAUAAAGUAUACAUCGUAUUUGAAUGGGGAAUUGGGGAUUUCUUUUCUUGCCUCAAGUAACAGAUGUGAGUGCAAAGGCUGCACAUUUGAACUUACAGCCCUAACGUCACCCAGUUGGUCCUGGGGAGGGGUUGGUGGGUGGGAAGGAGUCUUACCACUUCAAUCCUAGGACUUGUGACACGGGGUAGAACUGACAACCCUGUAGUAACAAAGGACGGAGGUUUAUGAUGAUCGCACCUCUGUUCUUUCUUCCCUGUGAACUAAACUGCAAGUCACUACUAAAAACUCAACUUAUUGACCUUUUUACUCUGGAGUCAGGAUGUCAUACUGGGAGGCUUUUACCAUUUGUUUAUGCAUGCAUGCACAUGCAAAUGCACAUGUAUCUUCAUCUGUCAACAUUAAAGCCUCGGGCUGAGCUUUGGAAAUCUACCCUCAGACUCCAACUCCAUCAGUGCAUCAUUAUGGCAUUCUGGUUUUCAGAGUCCUCUGGAGCUCUUAAACUUUCACAAGGACAUGAAAGAGGAUCAGACGCUACAACGUUGAAUGUUGCUGUUCAUAACUUUUAAUAAGACAGAUAGAUUCCUCAUGGGGCUGAGGUAAGAGGGGCGAAUUAAAUAAAGACACCCGCUCAAUAUUCUGUUAUCGACCCAUUUGUCUGUUGCCGUGGCAACCCACAGGGUGUGCCCAUGCAGCUGCCAUGAUUAAUUAUCAACGGUCCGAGGUGUGUGACGGGGACUGCACACUUAAAUUUUGAUUCCAUUCCCAAUGAGCCAAAUUUUUUCACACUGUGAUGUUUAGAGAAUCCUUCUUUCUCUAGUCCAUCUUGUCUGCAUUGUGUUUGUCGAUGGGUGUGUUCGCUUUACACACUACAGACAGUUACAGUCUCUCAGUGGGCAUCCUAACAUGAGCAUGAAUAUAUUUGGUAAGUUAGGAUAUGCAUUCUCAGUGUAAUAAGGUGAUUAUGCACUCAGCUGAGGAAGGUAAAACCACAACAACACCCAUGGAUAACCAUAACUUUGUUAGAUACCACUUCAUCUACACCUUUGUCUCAUUUUAUAAACUUAAGUAGCCAGUUCAGGUGGAGGUGAAUGGGAAGUGUGAGCUUUAGCUUUACCCAUUUUUUGCAUUAUGUGUUGGUAAAAGAGAUGCAUAGGUGGCAACAGUAAGAUUUUAGUCAGAAGGCACUUAAUAAUCUAAAUAAAGAUACCUAACUGAUGAUAACAGAAUAAAUUAAAGGGCACAAUUAGACAUUCACCUAAAUCUCACUAUAAUGAAUCAAUGCAAAAUUGUGUGCAUGCAAACAUGACCACUGUAUCUGACUAUUUUGAAAUGAGAUCAGUGUAAGACCAUGUUACAUUAACAUCAGACUGCUGUUUCCUUUCCUUUCCUACAGUAAAUGUUAGGGAUCUACCCUGCACCCAGUGUAGAUUCUGGUUGGAAACAAGGCUGGCAUGCAUCUGUUGGCACAGCAAAGGCAAAUGUCAAUAUCAGCCAGGGCCACAUGUCAGUAUUGUAUGUUAUGAUAUGGUUGCUGGGAUUUAUGUUGACACAUACAGUAUACAAAAGUAAGACUUUAUCUUAUAUCAAAGCAUCACAACCUUACAAAAAGACCAUUUUAUAAUCACUGCCUUCAAGAAUUUAUCUCAUAUCCCCUGUCCACAAGGUUUGGCUCUGAUCACCAGUUGUUUGGAUGGUACCCAUGAGUCCAGUGCAAUGUCUGGGUGGAAAUAUGGAUGGAGUAGUAAAUAUUGUAACUUCUAUGCAGAUUUUAUUAGGCGAUGAGACAAGCUAAGUUUGGCUUUUCAUUGUGCAAAAACCCAUUUAUGUGUCACCUAUGUGCUGAAUAACUUUUCUAACCCUGUGACCUUUAUUCUCCCUUUGAAACCCAUUCUGUAAUUUUAAAAGUGGACAUUGAGUGGAAUGGAAUGUGAAAUGAGAAAUUUUUAGAUGAUAUUUUGGAGAUACAAGCAGCGUCUUCUCUGUACUCUCCGUUGUCACCUAUUUACCGUGCAGUUGUCAAGUAACCAUCACCCAAAAAUAGAAUCCAGGCUGGCCCCCUUGCCACCUUAACAAAUGUAGAACUGUGGAGACGCCACACGAUUCAUGCAGCUGACAGAAGUCCAUUUAUAUUAUGCAAACUGAUACAAAGAUGUUUACCACAGACAAGUGGAAGUCAUUUCCUUAGUUGUUAAUGUUUUGGUUGAAGUUUCGCCUGUCACUACAACAGUAUUGCUUCUACAAUCAGCUCAUUGAAGUUUAUUAACGACUGAGAUCUGAUGUGACUGAGAUUUUAAUAACGCAUUAGAUUACAGCCCACAAGUUAUGACUAUCAAUACAAUAAUCACUGCAUACCUAUAAAAAGAUAAACAAGUGAAGAAGUCAAGCAGGGAAGUAAAACUAAAUUGCAUUUUAAGUGUUUCUUUUUUUAAAUAACUGAGUACUUAUUUACAAUUUACAAUUACAGGGUACAGUGACAUUGUUCCUGAAUAAUAAGACAAGAAAAAGGAAUAACCAUACUGAUAUUGAAAUAAGUUGAGAUUUAUUUUUACAACACAAAAUGUAAAAAUUUUAAGUAAAGUUGUUGAAUACAGAGUACUUAUCCUUAUUAAAGGAAUAGUUUGUGAAAUUCUUGUCAAGAGUUAGUUAGAUGCAACUGUCAUAUCUGUACACUAAAUGUGGCUCAGCCAUCAGCUGCUAGCUGUUAGCUCAGCUUAGCAUGAAGACUGCAAAUGGGAAAAAGCUAUCCUGUUUCUGUCCGAAUUUCAAAAUCUACCUACCAGCGCUUGGAAAUUUAAUUAAUAAAAACAUAUUAAUAUUUUUGAUUGUUUAAUCCGUACAGUCAAACUUGCUGUUGGCAUAAACAUGAUGUCAAAGUGUCCAACUAUUAUUUUAAUUUUGUAAAAAUUAUCGUUGCCAAGGGGAAAGACACUAUUAAUUCAAGCCUAGGAAGACAGGUGUACCAAUGUACCUGUAUACCACUAUAUACAUAUAUAGUGUAACGAAUAAAUACUAGAACAGUAAUAGAUUAUCUAGUAAAAAAAAAAAAAAAACUGAAAACUUAGAGGAGAGCCUAAACCACUUUUUACAGUAGGUAACCACUACUACAAUACAUAUAUUUUAUUUUAUUCAUACUGUCAUUGGUACCCUGCAUGUCCCAAAUAUUUACACUGUAAUUUGUAGGCUGCAAUGUAAAGCGUUGAACAAUAAACUUGUGUGCAGAUGUGGUGGAGACUGAAAUCCCUUAAUCUCACUUUACAAGCCAUUUCAGGCUGAUAGAAACCUCAAGCUGUAAAUGUCACAGUGUAUAUUCUAGGAAGUAGUAUUGAACUGAUGUUCUAUGAAAGUAGAGUCUUCUGAGGGGACAAAAAUCCUGAACUUCAAUGCUUUUAUGUGGUUUUUUUUAGUGACUGGAUGUCACAGUUUACCCGUCUUCUAAUUUGGCACUGAGUAAAAGCAGAAACAGCACUCAGUGUUACGGCCAUUAUUCCAUUAGUCAUACCAGCUAUAUGGGUCAGCGGGUGCUUUUUUUAAGCAUGUGACCUCGCUCUUCUGUAUUUUAUCAGUUUGAAAGAUGUCACAGCUCACCGUGUACAGUGGUAGGGCUCUGGUUAAUCAGUGUUUAGCUUUGUUGGGUCACCAGAUUUUCUGUCAGGUCAUGGACAAAGCACUUUGUGUCACCUAUGUGUUAUUACUCCACGAGUUAAACAGAAGUCCUGACACCCUGAGGAAGUGCUGUAAUAGAGAUAAUAAUCACCAGUGUGAUAUUUGAUAUGGAAGACAGGUGUCAACUACUACUACUAUACUCAAUACUGUAUGAUCCCAGCUUAGUGAGGGUGUUUUUGCUACCUAGAAACGUCUCUGUGCUUUGGUGGUGUAGAGGAGCCUUAGGCACUAACACUGUAACAGAUCUGGGUUAAAAUAUACAUGAAUCAUUUCCAACAUUCCCAUUAUUAUAAUGGAAGGACUAAAUGACAAUUUCAAAAAAAAGCUAACAUUGGUUUUGAUGUGUUUUGGGCAGAAUAUUUGUCUGCAGCAACUCUGAAACUGACAUUUGUUGUACUGAACAUUUUGAUUUACAGUGUGCUGUCAUAGCCCCCUUAUUCUUAAUUUACCCGUCAGACACAGAAACACUGUAAACGAGAUGAAUCCCCUUUCUGAUCAAAGAUUUACAGCUUUAUUUUGCCGGGUAGUUUAACAUUGUACAUCUACAAAUUUCUACAUUCUACAUCUACAAAUUUAACAAGUGACAAUACUACAUAUACAUAAAACAAACAUACCCUAGCUUAUCAUAGCUGCGUCUUCAGGAACAAUCAGAUGCACUUAAUUAGGACCUGAAAUCAAUGUCAUGUCAGUUUUAAUUAUGAGUCUCUGAUUCUAAAUGACAAUGCAAAUCUGUUUGCACCAGUUUCAAAAAUGGCCUACAUGCUUUGAUUUUUAAUGAAGCAUUUCAAUGUGGUUCUGGGUAAACAUGAUUAUUUGUGUAAGGCACCUCCGUUUAUAUGGGGAACUAAAGGAGCUUGCUACAAAAACACAACUAUUCUUUAAAAUGUUAUAUCUGGUAUUUCUGAUUCCAGGGUGUCUGACCCGUGCUGGUUCCUUGUAUGUUUUAGCCCAAGUCUGACUCGUAGAUAUUAGCAUUUGUUUGGUAACUGAAAGCAGAGACACACAAACAGACAGCUCUGUUUUAUGCCUCAUCUCCCAGUAGACUGGAGAGAAACACUGUCUAAUGAUGUGCAUAGGGAUUUAGGAAGUGUGUAUGAAUGUGUGUCUGAAUGACAGAGGAAGAGUGUGUUAGACAGAUAGAGAAAAGGUGUGUGUGUGUGCAUGUGUGUGGGCAUGUUUUAGAUGCCAUUGUAGAGAUGUCAGUAAUCAGCAUUUAUCUCUUUGUACGUCGGCACAUUAAAGCACUGAACAAAAUGUCUCCUUCUCACUCUCA